ACCGGGACAUAUUACUUAGGCGGCUAUCCUCUUGGGCGGCGCGCCCUUCGCCUGGCCCAUGAGCCGCGACGUCUCGCCGAGGCGCUCGUGCGCGGCCUUGGCGACGUGCGUGUGCGCCGUGUCGUACUCGACGCAGGCCUUGAAGCACCGCGCCGCCCGCGGCAGCAGGCCGUCCUCGAGGCACAGCAGGCCGCAGUCCAGCGCGACCGCGGCGCGGUCGACGCCGCCCUCCCGGAUGCCGAUGGCCUCGGUCCAGGCCCGCCGCGCGUCGGCGCGCCGCUGGGCGCGCGAGAGCUCGUCGAUGUUUGCCAGUGUGAGGAAGAUGCGCCCUUGGUUGCGCAGCACCACGAACCGCGUGCGGCUGUCGAGCUCCAUGCACAGCGCCUCCUCGUAGAGCGGCAGGGCCUCCGUAAAGCGCCCCUUGGCGUACUCGCGGUUCGCUUCCAAGAUGAGGCCGCCGGCGCGCACCGCCAUCAAGGGUGCUAGGGCUGCCUGAGCCAAAGCCUAGGGGCACUGGGGCUCCUGGAGACGCUCUGGGAGCUGCCCGGGCUGCCACUGGCGUGAGAGUGGCUUUGCUCGUAGCGCUC